AAAACUUUGAGUAACAUAGUUUCAGAAAGACCAACUAGUAGUACUUUUUUUCUUGGCAUUAAAAGAAUUUAUGAAGUUGGGUCGUCUAUAUGGGAAAUCAGUUGGGCGGACGGCGGUGCCACCGCCGGAGAUAACAAUUCUGUCGUCUUUUUCGUAUUUCAGCAGCAAAUACAUAUCAACUUUCCCUGGUUUUCCUUUGGUAGGGAGUAGAUUAUGCAUUUCAUGCCGGAACACAUCUUGCUUUAUAGUGAAAACAUCAUUCAAUCCUAAUUCAACAGAUGGAUCACUGGCAAAAGCAGAAUUAGCUUUCAAGGACAGCAAGAAUGCAGAUGAUGUGGUUUCAUAUACAUUGGAUGAAGCACUUUCAACAAUAGGGUUUGGAAAUUUCCAAUUUAUAGUACUUGCAUAUGCUGGAUUGGGUUGGGUGGCAGAAGCCAUGGAAAUGAUGCUUUUAUCAUUCAUUGGACCGGCUAUUCAACCAGAAUGGGGACUUUCUUCCAGUGAAGAGAGCUACAUUGCAACUAUCACUUUUGUUGGCAUGCUUGUUGGAGCAUACAUGUGGGGAGUCGUUUCUGAUAGAUACGGUCGAAAGAAAGGUUUUCUCGGUGCAUCUAUAAUAACAUCUGGAGCUGGAAUCCUGAGCGCUUUUGCCCCAAACUAUACAUCAUUGUUGAUUCUUCGUUGCUUUAUUGGUGUUGGUCUAGGAUGCGGGCAUGUAUUCACAUCAUGGUUUCUGGAGUUCCUUCCAACAGCAAAAAGAGGAACUUGGAUGGUUGUUUUUGCAACAUUUUGGACACUCGGAACCAUUCUUGAAGCUUCACUUGCAUGGUCAAUCAUGCCAAAUUUUGGCUGGAGAUGGCUACUUGGACUAUCAGCCGUUCCAUCUUUACUUGUGCUAUUGUGUUAUGAUCAAGUACCGGAAUCACUUAGGUAUCUUUGCACCAAAGGGAGAUUCACCGAGGCAGGGUAUAUUCUGAAGAAAGGAUCUGUGCUCAAUCAAAAAGAACUCCCUAUAGGCACACUCGUCUCUGAUCAAAUAAAUGGAGAAGAUAACAAGUGCAAACCUAUGGAUACUCAAAGAAGCUCCUCAUCAUCUGUAUCAAUGCUUUUAUCACCGAAGUUGAUAAGAACAACGAUUCCUUUGUGGUUUCUUUACUUUGGCAACACUUUUUCCUAUUACGGCAUUGUACUAUUGACUUCACAAUUGAGCAUCGGACAAGGUGAAUGUGGUGUGCUCACUUUGCAAUCACAAAGUCUCUCAGAUUCAAGCCUCUACACAAAUGUAUUCAUCACUAGCUUGGCUGAACUUCCCGGGCUUGGUUUAGCUGCAAUCAUAUUGGACAAGUUAGGCCGGAAGCUCUCAAUGGAAAUAAUGUUCAUUAUGGGAUUCAUCCUACUUCUACCACUCACCGUUCAUCAAAACGAUGCAAUGACCACAGCGUUUCUAUUUGGAGCCCGUAUGUUCAUCUCUGCAAGCUUCAUUGUUGCCUGUAUCUAUGCUCCAGAGGUUUACCCAACAAACUUAAGGGCAACAGGAGUUGGAAUAGCGACAACUGUCGGCCGAGUUGGUGGCAUGGUGUGCCCUCUUGUAUCGGUUGGUUUGGUAGGUAGUUGCAACCAAACACUUGCGAUUUUGUUAUUUGAGGCUAUGAUACUUGUUUCUGGACUAAGUGUUCUGUUACUUCCCUUUGAAACCAAAGGGAAAGACCUAAGUGAUGAAGUAAGAUAAAAAUCUGAAAAGUCAAAUUUGAAUA